UAAGAGUUACAACUUCCGGUUUCAAAUGAGAUGUCAUACGUAAAUCUGUUGUCCCGAUUUGUAUUGGUCAAACAGUACACUUGAAAACAUUCUCACGAAAACUUUCAUAAUGUUGUAUCUCUUCAGAAAAUCCAGGCUCUUAGAACUCUGACAAAUAAAUAAAAUCAAAUUUUCGUUCCAACCAAAUUUUCACAACCAACAACUAUAUACCUCAUAGUACAAUGAUUUAUAUAAUGCUCAAGGAGAGACAUGUCCUCUUUUGUUUGCUGUACAUUUGUACGGGAAAAUAUGUCAGCGGCCAUUCUACCAUGAAGGACGACUUCAAGCCUGUGUUAAGUCUACAGUACAGCGAAGACAUUAGACUUAUAAGUUUCAACGGAAACUAUUUUCAUCAAUUUAUGGCCUGCCUUUGCGAUUGUCCACUUUUCGUCUGCAACGCCACCGGAACACUUCGAGGAGAUGUCUACCAAAUCAACUCCGUUAGCCGUAAUUACUUUGAAAAUAUUUCCCCUGCAUCUGUAAUCCCUAAACAAAUGACGUGUACUAUUGAUAAGCACGGAGAUGGAAUUCAUUUUCAUUGCACGCCCUCUGUCGACGUCUGCUCCUUAAGGCUGGAACUGACCACCCCACUGCUGCUCGGGGACAACUGCUUGUCAGCGUGUGUGAACCUCGCCUGGAAAAAGCCCGCCUUUACCAAAUUGUCUUUUGUUGACCCACAUUAUGCGACAGAGAAAAGCUGCGAUUCUCAAUGCGCGACCUCGUUAAGGAAAGCAGCGACAUUAAAAACUAGAUCUACUUCUGCUACGAAACUAAUUUCUGACGUCACGACAGCUGGCAUUGAGUGGACACUCAAUGAAAUGUCAAGCCCACCGGAAGAAACAUCUAAUAGAGCUCUCCGUUUCAAUGAAACUAGAUUUACCAUCACCAAUAUUUCAUUAUCGAAUUCUCCAGGAUCGAAGUUUAACUACAGCUUUGUUGUUGGGGCUACCUGUGUUGUUCUUCUGUGUUCCAUCGUCGCAAUAAUAGUCCAUAUUAAACGUAAAAAACAUUCGAAACCUAAAGCCAAAGCCGUUGAGACAAGUGAUUGCGUACUGCUCUAUGAUAAUGGCAAUAAGAUCAAAUCACCAAGCUAUCAAAAUGUCUGCAUCAGUCAAGUUUAAGUAUCUUCUGCUCAGAAGAGUUCCGUGUAUUAACAGGAGUUAUACAUUAUGAUGGAAGGGGUUUGUUUUUUGUAAUGAAUAAGACGUUUUAACUACGACACAUAUUCUCUAUUUAGUUUGUACCCCAUUUUGUUUUUAUUUCUUUUUUUUUUUUUUUGCAUGUCUCUAUAACAUGGUAUGUAAAGGUUUAUUAUCUAUUCUGUAAAAUUAACAUCUGGGGAAGAGUGUAUUGUAAUAUAUCUGAUGGAGUCAAGGAGGACAGGUCCUCAUUCACGAAACAUUACAAAUACAAAAAGCCUCUAAGGGGACAUCUUUCCUUACAAUAUUUGAGAACAAUCAAAAUAAAAAAAAAAAUAGUUUUUUAAAAAAAAAAAUCUUAUAUUAAGUAUCAAUUAGUUUAGAUCAGUCGUGUAAUUAAAGAAGCCUCAGACGAUAAUCUAUAAAGGGGACAAAUUCAGCUUAUACCACCACUUCAGUAAAGUACUAUUUCUUUCCCUUGUUUGAGAUAACAAACAAAGUAAUUUAUUGCCAAUAGUUACUUUACUAAUAGGGUUUGUUGCUGAACAUAAAAAUUAUAUAUGUGUCAGACGCGAUUAGCCCAAUUUUCAGUAAAAGAAAUUACAAAAGUCAUUUCUCUAUAGAAGAAGUUACGAAGGCUAUAUAAAAUACAACCACAGACCUAUAUAUACUACAAAAAAUCUAGGUUUUUGAUUGCUAGUUACGAUUUAUUUACAUAGGUGCUGUUUUACUAUUACAUACCAAGUAUUAGAGUUUAGAAAAACCCAGGUUUGUUUCUUGUGCAACGCUAUUAGCUAAUACCUCAUAUCAUCUCUCCUUAUUAGUAGGCCUAUAUUUAGAUCUAUAAUCUAAUUCUAGUCUAGAUCUAGAGUCUAUAUAUAAAAAUCGAAUAGAUCUAGUAAUAGUAUAUAUUCUAUCUUGAGACUAGAUUGCCGAGUCUAGCCUAUGCUAUGCCUAUAGUCAGUUUUUAUUAGAAAAAAAGUCUAGAUAUUAAUAAAGACUAAAGUUUUUUUAAUUCUUAGAUAUAGACAUUAGACAUAGAUCUAAUAAUACUGUAAUACGUUUAGUAUGCUCUAUACUUAAUCUACUAAACUAGAGAUCUAUCUAUAGAUCUAUCUAUAAUCUAGUCAAUCUAGAUCUAUACAAUAUUCAUUAUAAUACUUCUACUUAUAAUGACUUAUUUAAUAAGUUAGUACUUAGACUUAGAUCUAUUAUAGUUUAUUAAUAGAUUUACUUCAAUGCCUAGUCCUAAUAAUAAAAUUGCGAAUGAUGUCUAUAAUGACUGAUUUUUUUUAUUUUUAUAAUAAUAGAGCUAGGCCUACUAAAUCUAGGUCUAGACUCUACUUAAAUCUAGUCUAAAAUAAUGACUGUCUAAGACUCUAGAUGAUUGAGAAGUUCACAUAGAGGUGUUUUUAAUAAUACGGCAUGUCGGCUGAAAGUAUAUAAAGUGCUUUUUUUUUUUUUUUGUAAAAAUAAAAAAGAGGCUCCGGUACUCAGUGAUAGAUUGCCUAACUUUCAACUAAUAAUAAAUUAACAAUUAACGUUGAAUUACAAGAAAAGUAAUAAUUUUUCCAGACAUUGAAAAAAAGGUGCCGGUACCCCGUACCGGUGCGUACCGUCACAAAAAAAUAUGUAUAUCUCAAUCUUCUUUCAUUUAAUUUAUUUUGCGGGGUUAUUGCUACUUAAUACAUUGAUACCGGAUUGAUUUAAAUAGGGCCUAAGUAUACAAGCAGGAUUUCGAGCAUUGGAUAAAUUUAUUUUUUAAGAACAAAAUUUUAUGGAAGAGGCAAUAUAUUAGUUAUUUGAAGUUUGUAACUUCUUAAAUUCAGGCUAAAAAUAUCGAAGUCUACAUUUUUACACUCAUUUCUAAAUAAUUAGAAGAGAUGGACUGACUCAUUGUGUAGCUUGUGUACAUCUGCAAAAACACAAACUCAGUUAGACUUUCAAAACUAUUAAAAGAAAAACUUAGUGAUUAUUUUUACUGUAUAAUUCUAUUAUUAUUCCUUUUUAGAAUUAGGAUAUAAACUAAAUUUGCCAUAUGACUUUAUCUAACAGAAAAAAAAAAUAAACUUACGUCUAUUUAUGCGGUUAUUUAUAGUUACCUAGUAAUGUAAAAUAUACUGAACUAACACGUACAUUCAUCAUAAUGCAGCCAUGCGAUUUUUCGUUUAUAAACAUAGCAUGAUUUAGGACCAAUAUUUUACAAAGGCUGCUUGGAGAAAUCAGGUAUAUCCAUUAGGAGAAAAACGACCCCUUUACUCAAGAAAAAUUUAAGAAACUAGAACAGACACAAAAUAAACAA